ACUUAAUUGAUAGCCCAAUAUUAAGCCCAAUAGAUGCAGCCCCUAUAUACUGUGUGUCUACAAACUGAAGGCUCCUCCUGUCUAAAUUCGGUUCGGGUCAAAAUUUUCUAGGGUCCAAAGAAAAGCUUGAUCCCUGUAUGUAUUGCAGUGGAAAUGAUGAAGAUUGAUUUUAGUGGGCUCGCGGCCUCAGCCCCACUUCGUGGCAACACGGAUGCAUUGUGCAAUGAGAUUUCGUCUGGACAGAAAUUUGAACUUCCUAUUGCUGCUGAUUUUGAUGGGUUUCAGAGAGAAGCAGUACGGAUGGUGAAGCCAGCAAAGGGAACCACAACUCUUGCCUUUAUAUUUAAGGAAGGUGUCAUGGUGGCUGCUGAUUCCCGUGCCAGCAUGGGAGGAUAUAUAUCAUCACAAACUGUCAAGAAAAUCAUUGAAAUCAAUCCUUACAUGCUUGGCACAAUGGCUGGAGGAGCUGCUGACUGCCAAUUCUGGCAUAGAAAUCUGGGAAUUAAGUGCCGUUUACAUGAAUUGGCAAAUAAGAGAAGGAUUUCUGUGACUGGAGCUUCAAAGUUGCUGUCAAACAUUCUGUAUUCUUACCGAGGAAUGGGUUUGUCUGUUGGAACUAUGAUAGCUGGCUGGGAUGAAACGGGUCCUGGCCUUUAUUAUGUGGACAGUGAAGGAGGACGGCUUAAGGGAACUAGAUUCUCUGUUGGAUCUGGUUCGCCAUAUGCUUAUGGCGUUUUGGACAGUGGAUACCGUUUUGAUAUGUCUGUUGAAGAAGGUGCUGAGCUGGCUAGACGUGCGAUUUAUCAUGCAACUUUCCGUGAUGGAGCCAGUGGUGGUGUUGCCAGCGUUUAUCACGUUGGACCAAAUGGAUGGAAAAAGCUAUCAGGUGACGAUGUUGGAGAAUUACACUAUAUGUACUAUCCUGUGGAGCCUGCGUCUGUGGAACAGGAGAUGACUGAGGUAUCCGGGUCGUGAGAGACUUAUAAGUAGCAGCAUAAUUUGACAUCAGUCUGUUCUGAAGUACAUGUGGUUUAAUCUGCAAAUACUCCUAAAGUGAGAGACAACAAAACUGUUUUUGCUUGCAGCUUUUUGUUGCAAAUUAUGAAAUGUAAUUUAAUGUUUAUCCUGUUUGCCUCAAAUGAAUGUUUGGAAUAAGAUUAUGAGCAUGUUUGGGAAAUGAUUUUUUAUAA